GGACAGACGCGCAGCGGAGCGGACACCGGGGCAGUGCAUCGCGCUGGAGUCUCGCUGGAGUCGUGCCGACGUCGCGAUCGCGAACGCGUGCGCCGAGUGAUGUGGUAGAGUGUGUGUGUCAGUGUGUGAGUGUGCAGUGAGUGAGUAGCAGUGUAGUGCCCAGUGGAAUCUCAAACCGCCGCCAUGGCCUCUUCGAAUCGCGUCCUCGCGCUGGUCAUCGCCGUGGUGCUGGCCGUGGUGCUGGCCGUGGCCGCCGCCGAGAUGGAGGCCGAGGAGUCGCUCCAGGACACCGUCAAGACCCUCAAGGGCCAGGUGUCCGCGCUGCUGGAGAGGCGGCAGGAGGACUACCGCCUGCUGGAGCAGUCGCUCCGGAACACCCUGGAGAAGAGCUCCGAGCUGGCCGCCCUCAAGACGGACCUCGACAAGCUGAGGCAAGACGUGCGCACGUCGACGGCCCGCAAGAACGACCAGCUGGCGGCGCAGUGGGUGACGGCCUCCGUGUCGGAGCUGCGCGCCGAGCUGCUGGAGCUGGCCCGGGCGCACAACGAGAGCGCCGAGCGCGCGGCCCGCAACGACCUCCGCACCCAGGCCCGCCAGGACGUGGUGUCCCUGCGCGCCGCCCACCAGCUCGCCGCCAAGAAGUGCGCCGAGACCCGCCAGCAGGUGAGUCCAACCACGAUGCAGGACGACGGCCUGACGGCCUGA